UAAAACAGCACCUUCCCAAGGUUCAAUACCACCAAGGCCAAGACCAAUUCGACCAUAUAUAUAUACCUAAGGAGACUGUCGCACGACAUACAUUUGCAGACCUCAUACACACGUUCCCUUUUUAUAGACCACAUCACCGAAGUUUAAUAUAUUUUCAUAAUGUCUACUACUGGUGGAAGUGGAACCUGGGUGGAGGGUGACUGCGGUCAGAGCACACAGCUUGUGCAUGCAGGAGUCAAUCCCGAUCCCACUACCGGUGCCAUUCUUACGCCCAUUGUGCAGGCCACCACGUUCGUACAAGAAUCCAUUGACCUGUACUUGAGUAAGGGUUACUCAUAUAGUCGCACCGCCAACCCCACUGUGCGUGCGCUGGAGAACAAGAUCGCGGAGAUCGAACACGCUGCCGGUGCCACUUGUUUUUCCACUGGCAUGGCUGCAACCGUUACUGUUAUGACCGCAUUCAUGCGCGCUGGAGAUCACUGCGUCAUCACCAACUGCUCGUACGGUGGCACUAACCGGGUGGCGCGCAAGAUGUUCAUGGGCCUUGGAAUGGAGUUCUCGUUUGUUGACUUUACCGAUCUUGCUGAGAUUGAAGGAGCCAUUAAACCCAACACAAAGCUGAUAUUCUCGGAAACACCCGCCAAUCCCACGCUCACACUCACGGACCUCCAGGGAGUCAGUGCAAUUGCCAAGAAACACAACAUUGUGCACUGCUGCGACACCACGUUUGCCACACCCAUCAUCACACUAGCGCUGGACCAUGGCGUGGACAUUGCCAUGCACUCCACUACCAAAUACUACGACGGCCACAACAUGACUGUGGGGGGUGUGAUAGCGUGCAAGACAGCCGAGCAUGACGCAGAGAUCAAGUUCUUCCAGAACAUGCACGGAAACGUCAUGUCACCCAUGGUGGCCUUUCUCACCCUGCAAGCCACAAAGACCAUGAAGUUGCGUGUAUUGCAACAGUCACAGACCGCUCAGAAGGUGGCCGAGUUCCUGGAAGCACACGAGAAGGUGGAGAUCUGUCGCUACCCCGGCUUAGAGUCAUUCCCCAAAGCACAGAAAGCAAUCGCAGACAAGCAACACAAGAACAAUGUACACGGCGGCAUGCUGUGGUUCGAAGUGAAAGGCGGGACUGACGCUGGCCGUAGGUUGAUGGAUUCCGUACAGCGACCUUGGAGUUUGUGUGAAAAUUUGGGAGCCACAGAAAGUAUCAUCACCUGUCCAUCAGUCAUGACGCAUGCCAAUAUGGAAAAAGAAGACCGACUCAAGGUUGGCAUCACCGACGGUUUCGUACGCGUGUCUUGCGGCAUCGAAGAUACAGAGGAUCUAAUUCGUGCACUCAAGGUUGCCCUGGAUAAUCUAUAAAUAGAAUAACCAGUGCUUGACAGAAUUGAACACGGCAAUUUCAAUCGGAAUUUGUAUUUUGGUGGAAAUAAUUUAGUUUUUGGAAAUAAACCCGAUCCAUAUAGCAG